GUUGUCUGAGGCUGGUUCGGAGCGGGGCUGGGGUUACCCUGACAUUUCUGGGAGCGUGGCCAGCCAAGAAGGGAAAGAGAAGAAAAGACGAGUCUUUUACAAUCUGCUUUUGUCAAAGUGUCGAGAAAGGGGAAAGGGAAGUGUCUUUUUUUUCCAGCAUCACAUUCCUGUGUUUUUCUUCAGCCUGGAAAAUAUAUUAAUGCUGGUGCUUUCCUCUCUGGAAACAAAGGAACUAAACGGGACUGAGGAAGCAAGGAGUGGGAAGAAGGCUUGGGAAGUUUAAAAGAGAGAGACUCGGAGCAGCCUGGAGUUCCCUUUUCUUAAAUGAAAUCCCUGCCUGUGUGGGUAACCACUACAGCAAAAAGCCAGACCUGCAGGUAAAUGGAGAAGCAGAGAUCCCAAAGGAAAUUUCCGCUAACCUCAUCCCACUUGUCAAGAAGGUGAAGAAGAAAGAAAGUUAAAAGACACACAGGAAGACGGACAGGCUCUGGGACCUAUUGGGCUGCGUAAAGAUAAAUCACUGGGCAGCAGCAAAGCUGCAUGGCAUUGGUCUCCUUUUAAAGGAAAAAGACGUGAAACCUCGUCUCUGGAAGGGGAACUUCCCUGAGAGUAUUGCACAAUGAACUGGAGGCCAGCUCUCAGCUUAGCCCUGCUGUGGGCAGCAUGGCUAGUGUGUGGCUCUAAGACAGGGAGGCUAGCGGAAAGAGGGAGCCAUGGAGUUGGGAAAGUGCCCCUGGCUUACAGGGCUCCAAGCAGCCUCCUGAGAAGGUCUGGAGCAUCCCUGAGGAAUUCGAGCCCAAAUCCCCAACACCCCGGCACCAGGAGGCAUUCUUCAGCACCUCCAAAGGCACCUGCCAAUCUCCUGCAAGGGGAAGCACGUUCCCAGGCCAGGGGCAUGGGGACCAGAACGAGACGGGUACAGAGACUCACAGCUGCAGCCAAAUACUCCAAGUCUGAGAUGAUUAAGGACGAAGGGAUAUCCUCUGCCUCACAGACACGAGUGGUACGUUUCCCUUCAGGGUCAAGUUCCCCCAAUGUCCUGGCCAGCUUUGCUGGGAAAAAUCGGGUGUGGGUCAUUUCUGCCCCCCAUGCCUCUGAGGGCUACUACCGGCUCAUGAUGAGCCUGCUGAAAAAUGAUGUUUACUGUGAACUGGCUGAGAGGCACAUCCAGCAGAUUGUGUUGUUCCAUGAAGAAGGGGAAGAAGGGGGAAAAGUCAGAAGGAUAACCAAUGAAGGAAAAAUCCUGGAGCAGCCACUAGAUCCUGCCCUCAUCCCUAAGCUCAUGAGCUUUCUGAAGCUGGAGAAGGGGAAAUUUGGCAUGGUGCUGUUGAAGAAAACUCUGCAGGUGGAGGAAAGGUACCCUUAUCCAGUCAGGCUAGAGGCCAUGUAUGAAGUCAUUGAUCAGAGCCCCAUCAGAAAAAUUGAGAAGAUGAGGCAGAAGGGCUUCAUCCAGACUUGCAAAGCAGCUGGGGUGGAGGGACAAGUGGUUGAGGAAGGCAACAAUGGGGGCAGCACCCAGCCUACCCCCGGCGGUGGACAUGUCCAGGUGUCAGCAAGGAAGGAGGAGCCAAGGAAGAGCAAUAAUCAGCCACCAAGGACCAAAACAGUGAGGAAACCGAUGACAACCACAGUGGCUACUCCUCUGCCUACAGUAAGGACCACUACGCUCCCUCCCACCACCACCACAACUACGCGCGCCACCACCCGUGCAGUGACAACAGCAAGCCGGUCUACGACAACAACUACACCCCUCCCCACCACGCAGAGGACCUGGACCACAAAGUCACAUUCCACCACAGAGUACCACAGGCUGCCAGUAGCCCCCGAUGCCACCACGCCACGAGUCACAGUCUCUGAGGAUUUCUACUCUCCUGUGUGGAAGGCAAACCGCAGGGACCGGCAGCGCGGCCACCCAGAGAAACAUUCGACGGCCACACGGAAACCAAGCAAAGCUACCCGCUAUGACAGUUUCACAGAAGUCCCAACAGCUCCCUCAGUGCACUAUACAAAGGCAAAUGUGGGUAGAUUUAAAGAUAACCGAACAGACAGAAAGGACUAUAACCACAGGGACCUGAAUGUCACACCAGGGCAACACAAACCAACUAAGACUAAACCACCGAAAAAGAAGGCCCAAGAAAAGAUACUGAACAAUGAAUAUGAAGAUAAAUAUGACCCGAGCAAGCCUGCUAGUUCCCAUUUAGAGGAGGAGUUUGCAGCAGGAAAUAUUCCCCCAAAGAAAGGAAAAGAAUCAAAGAAGCACGAGCGAAUGGAUAAACCUGAGAAGAAGAAGAAGAAAGACAGACCUGACAAGCUACACAAGAGUGAGAAGCAGUCCAAGAAGGACAAAGCUGAGAAAAAGAACAAGCAGGACAAAGACCGUAGCAAGAAGAACAAGAAGGGGAGCAGGACUGAGAAUGAGGAUUUCCCCAAGUCCAACAAGAAGCCUUUCCUACAGCCUCCCAGGAAAUCAGUGACUGACCUCCUGGAAUAUUUUGAAGGCAAAAGGCGGCUCAUUCUGAUCACAACCCCCAAGGCGGACAACACCAUGUAUGUACAGCAGCGAGAUGAAUAUCUGGAGAGCUUCUGCAAGAUGGCAACGAGGAAGAUCUCAGUCAUUACAAUUUUUGGCACCAUGAACAACAGCAGCAUGAAAAUUGACCACUUCCAGCUAGAUAAUGAAAAGCCCAUGAAAGUGAUAGAGGAUGAAGAUCUUGUGGACCAGCAGCUCAUCAGUGAGUUGAGGAAAGAGUAUGGGAUGACCUACAAUGACUUCUUCAUGGUGCUGACGGACACUGAUAUGAAGGUCAAGCAAUACUAUGAAGUACCCAUAGCAAUGAAGUCUGUGUUUGAUUUGAUCGACACCUUCCAGUCACGAAUUAAAGACAUGGAAAGACAGAAAAAAGAGGGCAUUGUCUGCAAAGAAGAUAAGAAGCAAUCCCUUGAGAGUUUCCUAUCCAGAUUCCGAUGGAGAAGGCGGCUGGUGGUGAUCUCUGCUCCCAGUGAUGAGGACUGGGCUUAUUCCCAGCAGCUUGCUGCUCUCAGUGGACAAGCCUGCAAUUUUGGUCUGCGCCAUAUCACUAUCCUCAAAUUGCUAGGACUUGGAGAAGAUAUUGGAGGUGUCUUAGAGUUGUAUCCCAUUAAUGGAAGCUCUGCUGUAGACCGAGAAGAUAUCCCAGCUAAUUUGGUGAAAGACAUUCGAAAUUAUUUCCAAAUUAGCCCAGAAUAUUUCUCAAUGCUUCUAGUUGGGAAAGAUGGAAAUGUCAAAUCCUGGUAUCCUUCUCCAAUGUGGUCUAUGGCGAUUGUGUAUGAUCUGAUUGAUUCCAUGCAGCUUCGGCGACAGGAAAUGACAAUUCAGCAAUCGCUCGGCAUGCAGUGCCCAGAUGAUGAGUAUGGUGGGUAUGGUUACCAUAGCUAUCACCAAGGAUACCAGGAAGGUUACCAAGAUGACUACCGUCACCACGGAAGUUACCACCAUGGAUAUCCAUACUGAAAAGAGCAACUUAGCCUCCAACUGCCCCAUGUCUUGUCUUCUAAUAGCUAUCCAAGCAAUAGAUGGCUGGUUGCAGAAAGUCUUCCCAGGCCAUCCAGAUACCCAUGCCUCGUUCUUCCACUGUUCAAUUAAAGGACUUUGGUCAUUUGCCUUCUCAAAAAUGCAGAAGCCUUCACAGUGAAGCAAUUCAAACCAGUAGUAUUGAAGCUUUAAACAAUAAAGACUCCUUUAUAUUUUUAAGCCUUUAUAAACAAAGGGGAUCAGCAGGUGCUGUUUGUAUUAAAACCAAACAACCCCCCCGCCACAGCCCCAGUCCAUGGACACUACUGUAGGGCAGGACUCAAACUGUCCAACAAAUAUUGCAAUGCUCUUUUUAGUACUUUUUUCUAAGGAGAAAAAAAUUAAGUAUAUUUAUUGGAAAGUGAGAUUGCAUUGUGCUCAUGAAAAGAAGCAAAGAAUCACACUUCAGGACUUUCCCAGAAAAGGAAAAUUUAAGAAAGAAGCAUGGGGCAGGCUCUUUAAUAAUAACAAUAACAACAAUAAAACCCUUUUGAAGUACCUUGUCUAAAAAACCAGCAUCCCUUUUACAGUGCAUUAACAUUGUAAUUAGCUGACUUUAUCAAUGAAAAUAAGAAUUUAUGGCUAUGGCAAGAUUUGUUCCAGUACAAUACAAUGUAAAGUUCUUAACUACAAAG